GGCAAACAACUAUUAAGUGGCUAACAAUCAGUGUUUAAAGUGGAAUAAAACACAAUGCAAAUUUUCUUUAUAAUCGCUUUAACGAUAGCUGUGGUUUCCGCAGGCAACAUCCUGCCUGAAAACACAAUUAUCCAGCCCCGACAAUUGCCAGUUGCUGUAAAUGUAGAGGGACGUAUUACUAAUGGCCAAAAUGCCGCUGAAGGACAAUUUCCCUAUCAAGUAGGUUUGAGUUUCUCCAGUUCAAAUGGCGGCUGGUGGUGUGGUGGUUCUUUAAUCGACAACAGUUGGGUGUUGACAGCUGCUCACUGUACUAAUGGCGCCUCUGCAGCCACUGUUUAUUUGGGAGCCACUGUACGUACUAGUCCCAAGGUCACCUACACUGUAUCCAACAGCAAUUUUGUUCAACACAAGAGCUAUAAUUCAUUAGUAUUGAGCAAUGAUAUAUCUUUGAUUCGUAUACCCUCGGUUAGUUUCACCAACUAUAUCAACAAAGUUGCUUUGCCUGCUGUCUCCUCCUCCUACUCUACUUAUGCUGGCCAAAAUGCUAUCGCUUCCGGUUGGGGUUUAGUUUCUGACUCUGCUACUGCUGUGGCCUCUAAAUUGCAAUAUGCCACUUUACAGAUUAUUGAAAAUUCAGUUUGUGCCCAGACUUACGGAUCUCUUGUUAUCAGAGCCAAGACCAUUUGCACUGCUACUCCCAAAGGAACUUCAACCUGCAGUGGUGACUCUGGCGGUCCAUUGGUUUUGGCUUCAUCUAAAACUCUAGUUGGUGUUACUUCAUUUGUUUCAACGGCUGGCUGUGAAUCGGGUGCUCCUGCUGGUUUUGUACGCGUCACCAGUUAUUUGGAUUGGAUUCAAGAGAAUACCGGUAUAUCUUUGAUACAUGUGUUUGCUUUCGUUUAUCCUGCACAAAACAUGUCACAAAGAGGUAAACGCGGUAACCAUUUACACCAUCCACGACUUGAUGUUGAACCGCAACCACCUCCCACGAAACGACGUAAAGGUCGACCUCCCAAUGGUGGCGGCGGCGGGUUGGGCGGUGGACUUGGUGGAGGCGGAGGUAGCGGCGGUGGUCCCGGCACUAAUAUAAAUUAUCCCGGCAAUCAACAUGUAAAUGUCAAUUGUGUUAGACCCAUAAUAACAAGCAGUGCAACAUCAGUUGACCUUGAACCCAAUCAACACGCCACCGUAGUGGCUGGCGACGAAAUUAUCAGUUCUACUAGUGCAAAGGCGGCGGGUAGUCAAGGUUCAUCUUCAUCUGUUGCAACGUGGCAGGCACGAUCUGUUUCAGACAUAAAAAUGUCUAGCAUUUACAAUCGAAGCUCGACGGAAGCUCCAGCUGAACUCUAUCGUAAGGAUCUCAUAAGUGCGAUGAAAUUGCCAGAUUCUGAACAAUUAGCUAACUAUGAAUACCUCGUUGUAAACGAUCAAUGGAAACAAGAAUGGGAACGAGGUGUUCAAGUGCCAGUAAAUCCGGAUUCACUUCCCGAGCCAUAUGUUGAAGUGCUAACAGAACCCAUAGUGCCACCUGCUCAUGAUUUUAAACUUCCAAAAAAUCGCUUCCUGCGCAUAACUAAAGACGAGAACUACUCUCCCGAGUUACAUUGUCUGACAAAUGUAGUUGCUCUAGCCGAAAACUCCUGCGCUUACGAUAUCGAUCAAGUUGAUGCAGCAUGGUUAAAACUUUACAAUACUGAUCGCAAACAGUAUGGGGCUUUUUCCAUCAGCGAAACUCAGUUUGAGAGAGUAAUCGAAGAAUUAGAAAUACGUUGCUGGGAGCAAAUUCAGGUCAUUUUGAAAAAUGAAGAGGGCCUCGGUAUCGAAUAUGAUGAAAAUGUCAUAUGUGACGUAUGUCGUUCGCCUGAUUCGGAGGAAGCUAACGAAAUGGUUUUCUGUGAUAAUUGCAAUAUAUGUGUACAUCAGGCGUGUUAUGGUAUUACAGCUAUUCCAUCAGGUCAAUGGCUUUGUCGAACAUGUUCUAUGGGCAUCAAACCAGACUGUGUUUUGUGUCCGAACAAAGGUGGUGCAAUGAAAUCAACCAAAUCAGGCAAACAUUGGGCGCAUGUUUCGUGUGCACUGUGGAUACCGGAAGUCAGUAUUGGAUGUGUUGACCGCAUGGAACCAAUUACAAAAAUUUCAAGCAUUCCAACAAGUCGGUGGGCUUUGUUAUGUGUUCUAUGUCGCGGCCGAGAUGGCGCUUGCAUACAGUGUUCGGUAAAAACAUGCAAAACAGCAUAUCACGUUACGUGUGCUUUUCAACAUGGUCUAGAAAUGCGCGCAAUAAUUGAAGAGGGAAAUGCCGAAGAUGGCGUUAAACUACGAUCGUAUUGUCAUAAACACAGCGUAAGCAAAGGAAAGAAAGAGGCGAAUAGCAAGGGGGUUAGUAGUACCAGUUGUAAAAAUAGAUUGCCUGCGGGAAUUGGAUCUGGCACUGAAGAUGAUGACUGUCGAAGGCGAAAGAGUCGAAAAUCCGAUAUGACCUCUGAGGAACGUAAUCAGGUUCGGGCACGUCGUUUGCAGGAAGUCGAAUCAGAAUUUGAUAAACAUGUAAAUAUUAAAGACAUAAGUUGUCACCUUUUUGAUGUCGAUGACGAUGCCGUUGAGGCCAUUUACAAUUAUUGGAAGCUAAAACGAAAAUCGAGGAAUAAUCGUGCACUUAUUCCUCCCAAAUCGGAGGAUGUUGAAAUGAUAGCUCGUAAGCAAGAGCAGCAAGAUCUCGAAAAUCACAAGUUGGUAGUUCAUCUAAGGCAAGACCUCGAAAGGGUUAGAAAUCUUUGUUACAUGGUUAGCAGAAGAGAAAAACUUUCUCGUUCUCUUUUUAAACUACGAGAGCAGGUAUUUUAUAAGCAAAUAUCCGUGCUUACCGAUGCUACUACGCAAUCGAGUGAAACGAACGAAAAAUGCGAUGAACAAUUCAAAAACGCAGUGAUUUACGCCAACGAUGGUCCGACAUUAUACGAUCACUUUUAUUCGUCGUGCGACAAAAAUGCACCCACACAGUACCAAAGUUUAGAGUAUAUUUUGGAGAAACUCCUGGGUAGUGCCAAAAGCGGACCAAAAUCUGGCACAAAAGGUUCUAGAGCUUCAACGUCACCCACAAAACGUUCUACUACUAAGACAUCUGCGUCCACGAACUCAGCAACUACUUCGGCGAAUAGUACGAGUCACUCGGCUGGUAAAGCAUCAACAUCUGCAAACAAAAAAGUUAAUAAUGGCGGUGUUAUGACAAGUAAGGCAUCUACCACGAUUUCGGCAACAAACGAGUCUGUGGAAAAGCAGGUGGCAAAGAAAAGCUCCAAUAGACGUUCUACUUCGUCUGCGACACCAUCCACACUCACAACGCCGACUUCAGGACAACGCACUAGUACGGUUCGCACGUCAUCGUCUUCAAAAACUGCGACGACGACACCGUCCUCGAAAACAACAAAAAAUGCAUCAAACAGUUCUGAUGACAGUUCAUCGUCUUCGGGCAGUUCGUCUUCAGAUGAUGAGGAUUCUUCUUCGGAUAAUGGCUCCAGUUCUGGAAGCGGUUCCAGCUCUGAAUCAGAAAGUGGAUCCAGUUCAUCCGACUCUGAAUCGUCAUCUUUGAGUGUCAGCAAAGUUACUUCGGCCAGAGCGAAUAAAUCUCUCAAAAAAAUGAGUCCUUCAAAGAAGAAAACUGCUUCAAGAUCUAUCGAAGUGGCGGCAAAACAAAGAAGGAAGAGUACCACGCAGUCCAAAGCGGAGACGGAAGCCAAAACUCCUUCAACAAAGUCUACCAAAGACUUUUCCAAAGUUGAUGUUACCACUGUGCUUUCCAGUUCCAGCGAGAUUGAAGCAGAAACCAAUAAGAAUAAGAAACAAAAAGUUUCAGUACCUGUCAAGCAAUCCAGUAAUACUACGUCUGAGACUGAAGCUGGUGUUACCAAACCGACAACAUCGCAGAACACAUCCAACUUACUUUUAUCUCAAACGGAUACUAACAAGACUUCACUAGCGAAAGAAAACUCAAGCUCAUCCAGUGAUGAAAGUAUUGAAGUAACACCAAAGAAAUCUAGAAAACAGUUAACUAAGUCAAUGGAUUCAGGAAGCAAGGAUUAUUUAACGAGAAAGAAAGUAACCGAAUCCUCAGUAAAUCGGAAAUUAAUCGAACAAAUUUACUCAGAUUCUGAUAGUUCUUCGGAGUUGGACAACAAAGAAAAAGAAGAACGUGCAACCGAGAGUAAUGUCAGCGAUUCGCAGAAUCAACAAACCAUAAGAACUAAAGCAGCGAUGAAAGAGUUUACUCUACAACAGCAAACGUGCAGCAAAACGCAAAAGGAUCUAUCCAACAGUGGGAACUUGGAGAAACUAAAUGAGAUCCAAUCUAACUCACAUAAAACUUCAAAUGACCUUGUUAAGCAGAAACCCCAAAAGUUAAGUUCUGAUUUGUUAGUAGUACCGCAACGACAAGCAGCUAAGAAGGCCUCAGAAAAUAUGAGAUCAACUAAUUCCAAUUUAUUAACGGGCAUUGGUUCGUCAUCUUCUUUCGGCAAUACUUCGAAUUCAGGAACAUUGCAACGUGAUUUUGAGGUGAAACAUCGCGAAGCUUCAAAACAAAAGGAAAAUGUCAGUCUUAAGUCCGACGAAAAACUAGAAAAGAAAAGUACAGCUAAAACUAACGAUCAACAAAUUGAGAAGCCAAGUGUCAACAAACGUGGACGUCCCCCAAAGAAUUUAAAAGACGCUGCCGAGCCUAGUCAAACACCCUCAACCACAACUUCAGAACAAACUGCUGGUCUAAGUCGUGCUAAAGAACCUCAAACAUCAGUUGAUCAAGAAACUAAAAAGUCCUCAUCCUCAACAUCUUCUGCGCAAAUGUGUGAAGAAAAGUCGGCACAAAGCAAGUCUUCGUCCAAUGUCGAUUCUUUAAAAUCGAAUGAGGUUGCUAAAAAUAACAUACUUGUGUCAUAUGUUGUCCCACAAAGGCAAGCCGCAAAGAAAGCAGCUGAACAGCUAAAGAACAGCAACAAAACACCACAAGCCAUUCUAGAGGCGGCACCAGCACCAAUAAUUACGGAUGACAAAGAACGUGUUAACAGCAGCAUUGAUAAGGAAGCAAAACUAAAAACACCUGAAGAUCGAAGUGUUAGAGCAGCACCAACACGUCGUAUGUCUACGAGAGAGUCUACCUCAAAUUCAGCCAGCAAGCAAGAUGCUCCUGUUGCAACAUUGACUACCAAGAAGACGCCAACUAGUAGCAGACAACGUGGAAAAGACGAACCACCAAUUCAGACAACAGUAAACACAACACCUAAGCGUUCUACACAGACAUUGGAUAAGAAACGUAAAGUCUCCAUAACAUCCAGUUCGGAAAGUGAUUCCAGUUCCUCCUCGUCUUCCUCGGACGGCAGUGAUGAUAGUUCUAGCAAUAGUGGCAGUAGUUACACAACUUCUUCGUCAGACGAUGAAGAUGCCAGUGACAUUGAAGAAAAACGGCCUGAGGAACGACCUGUUACUGAUACAACCAAACAAAAUGUACGCAAAUCACUUGACACCAAAAUUUCGGUUUCUCAACAAAACUCUAGCACUGACACAAAGAUAUCUUCUAAGUUGCCUUCUCAAAAACAAUUAAAGCGAAAUAUUAGUAACUCUUCCUCCAACACUGACGAACAAAGUUCAACCAAAUCCAGCAUACAGACUCGUAGGAAAUCGUCCUUAAUCGAUGAUCCAACGUCAAAGGUUCUUGAAAUGAAAACUACUUCAGAUUCCCAAGCUGAAGAUAAUUCAGCCUCUAUGCCUCAGUCUUCAUCUUCAUUAUCCACAGCGAUAGCAUUACAUAAAAAAUUAUCAGAUGAGGAAGAAAAACCAAAGAAUGAAAUAAAACAGGUUGAUUGCAAUGAACCAAACAAAAUCAAGGAUGCUAGUGUUGAAUCCGAAAAAGAGGCGAAUUGUGGGAGAACAACGCCAACAUCUGCAGUUAUGCAAAUCUCUGGAGGAAUUAGCAAUGAACCUAAAGAGGUCAGCGUUGAAAUGAAAAACGAAGCAAUUACACGAGAUUUGGAAGAAAUGGUUAAGGACAACAUCAUCACAAAUGAAGAAAAGCGAAUUGAUAAUGAUGACAAAAUAAUGGACCCAAUAGAGGAGGAACCUAAGGAAACGUCAAUGGGAACUAGUAAUAAUGCCACGCUUAUUGAAGACAAAGUCACUUCAGUAAGUAUGGAUGUAUGUUCUGAAGUUCCCAUGGAUAUCGAUGAGGAACUCACAACCGCACCAACGCACACCACUUUACCGUCAGGUGAUCACAACAGCUCUUUAUUAAAAACUGAUGAUUUAUUAGACAAUCUUGAUCCUCCGCCUGCAUUAGUGCCCGCUUCUCCAAUUCACUCUUCCAGUUCCAGUUGUGAAGAAAAUGACGAUCAAUCGAAUGCCAGUAAUGAAGAUCAUGAUAACCUAGAUUCUACACAUAAUAUCAAAUCUCGAAGAACCAUACCUGGCAGUCCUCCAAUCUCGGCAGAAGAAGAACACACACAUCACACUCAACAUCUGCUCAAUGAAAUGGAACUUGUAAGAGCAUUAGAAGAAGAACGUAAAAAGGAUUUGGCAGCUGCCGCCAAUCAAGCUGAGGAAGUCAAGUUUGCCGAAUCUAAGUCUCCCGGCGUAUCAGUCAUUGCGCCUGAGCCAUUGGAAAUAAUAGAUCUUGAUUCAAAUUCCAAUUCAGAACAUGUGUCUUCUCCACCAAAACAGUCGAUAGAUGUUCCUACUGCUCUAGAGUUGAAUACGGCGUCGUUGGAGAUCUCUUCGCUGUCUUUUGGCAAAUCUUCACAAGUAGAAUCUAAUAAAAAUCAGCAGAAUAUCGAUUCGAUAGAGCAAGAAACUAAACUGCAAUCUUCAUUAGUCCUUCCGACAACUUCUCCAUCAACACCUAAGGUUUCCUGUGAUCCCUUACCCAUUAGCACACAUACUUCGGUGCUCGAAAGUGGCCAUCAUCCUAUUGUAGAUACAAUACUUGAUCUUGAAGAUAAUGCCAAGAAGAAACAGGAAGAAAAUCAGCAACAACAAAUGCACAAUUUCCCCAAUGUUCUCUUAAAUACUUCUUCAUUUGACAGUCAUGCGGUUGAAAAUUUAAGCAGUCUUCUAACGAAUGACAGUAAUAUUAGAAAAGACAUUUCAGAGGAAGACAGCUUCCAAGCAACGAGAAAUCUCUUGGAGAAACUUCGUAAGAAACGUAGUCGCGCAGACGAAUCUAAAGAGCCAGAUCUAAUGUUGCCCCCUCCAACUCCAGCCAUACCCUCUGUAUUUCCCUUUCACAAUGCUGCAGAUCCGGAAGAUAUUAUCCAUGCUCAAAAGGAAAACGCCAUGUCAUCUCUCGAAGCAAAUAGUGCUGGUCAUUAUAACAUAGAAACUGCACAACCAUCACAAACAACACCACAAACAGCAAACAACCACAAUUUGCUAGUCAGUUCAUCGCCAAAUACAACAACCGUACCGAACAAAGAUAAUAACCUGGAUAUCUAUGGAAAUAUGUCCCACAAUAGCUCUGCCGAGGCACUAAGGACAUCUUCAGAUGCUGAAAACAUCUGCAGCAUGAGUAAUACCUUGUCAUUAUCCACUUAUAUGGAAGGAAAUGUCCAAUCCAUGCAAUCACAACCGCAACUACCAAUUUCACCCAUGCAACAACAUUCUGCACAACACACACCAACGCCUCACCAUCCUCAUCAAGGUACAACGCCUAAUUCCAAUUACACCCAACAGCAGCAACCACACACACCAGCCCAACAAACAAAUGUGGCAGAGUUGACUUCCCUUAUACAAAACGAACUGGCGAGUCAAGCAACGUCUACGUUGAGUAAAACUCCAACAAUAGAUGCGUUUGGUCCAAAAUCAAACAAUAACAAUAAUAUGUCUUCCAAUGAUGUUGCCGAUGAUCGUGUAGCAGACACAACGCCUGAUUUUGUGGAUUUGCAUGCAGCUGCUGCAGCUUCUAAAGAUUUCACUUCCUCAGCCUCAAUUGGUAGUAAUAAAUUAGUGGUCGAUUGUGACUUUGAUGAAAACACUCGUAUGCAAUCUCCCUACACUAUGCAGGCGAAUCGUAUCUGGAAUGAAAAUGAUUUGAUAGCAGCCCGGAGAUCAACAUCACCAAGUUCAGUGUCAGAGUCAAAUGAUCAAACGCCGUCGAUUGAUUUACAACCACCAUCACAGCAACAACAAACGCCCGUUCAACAUCAAAUCCCCCUUCAAAAUACCCAUGUUCAGUCGCAACAACAUACAAUUGCACCAAAUGUGCUCCCCAACAGCAACAGUGCGAGCAAUAGCAAUGCCAUCAACAAGAACUCCUUCUUUAAUUCCAUAAAUAACUUCGCAUUAACCUCUUCCUUCCAACAGCAUCAAAUGCAAACGCAAAAUCAACUAAGUCAACAAACACAACAGCAAUCUUCAUUGCCAAAUGGCAUAGAUUCGAUGAUAUAUAAUACAAACUAUAACAGCUCAACAGCAACAACGCCAACUUCCCAAGGAACACCUCAGCAACAACAAUCAAAUGUACAGCAACAACCUAGAACGCAACAGUACAACGGUUCGGUUGGUUUGUUUCAUGAUGCGGCCUCAGCUUUGCCGAACAUUAAUCAAAUACCAUUUGUAUCAAAUGAUGGCAGUUCCGGAACUGGCGCAAAUGUAAUGUAUCCCGCUGGACCGGGUAUAGGUAGUAACGUAAAUGCCGGUUCUAAUACUGGCAACCAGCAGCAGUACAAUUCGAAUACAGCUAUUGGUAGUGCUAACACAUCGGGGGUUCCCUACAGUGGUGCAGCAUUUACAUCUUCCACGCAUAAUAUUGCAUUAACGGCAGCAAUAGUUGGAGUUUCCGCGUCUGGCAGUCUAAUCGACCACAAUUCACCACGGCACCACCAAAUGCGACCCUCCCAUCAGUUUAAUUUGACCUCGCCGAAUAAUGCCAAUACCGGAACCCCAUUCAACAGCAUGCAUUUGGGAAGUUGUGCAGAGAGCAUGAUGGCGACUCCUCAGCCGACCUCUCAUCAUACAACUCCAACUAAAGACUCACCAUCGAAGGCUAAUCGUUCAUCGUCUCGUUAUAGUCAACAAACACAACAGCAACAACAGUUGCGAAGUUCACACAAAUCUCCCCAAGUGGCACAACACAAAUCUCCGGGUAAAUCUCCUAGGCAAAUGGAAUUACUCAGCAAACAACUACAGCAACAGCAAGCACACACUUCUCUGACAGAAUUCACAAAUAUGAGUUCUAAACCUGCCAAGUACGAUCCCUUAACACACACUUUAGCAGGAAAACCACGCCAAAGAGCUCCGCGUGGUACAGGAAGUGGAACGCGGGGUCGUGGUAGAGGCCGAGGACGUAAUCGAGGUGGAAGUGUUACCAAUGCUUUAAUACCUCUGCCAAUUCCCAUGUCUGAAUAUGUAAGUGCAGACAACCUGGUCGGCACACCUUUCGAGUUCAGUUACGAAGAAGAAAUGGCAGCACCGGGUAUGGAGAAUCUGCAGUCGCUGCGCGAUCGACGUCGUUCAUUCGAUUGUAGAAAUGCACAAAAUUCAGAUGCUCUAAAGUACCGCAGUCCUACAAGCUACAAUGCUGGGGCUUGUAAAGUUCGGCACAGUGCGACCGGAUCAACAUCAGUAACAGCGGCUGCCUCUGCAUCAAGUACUGAAUCGAUAGUCAACUGCAAUAAUAACCUAAAAGGUAGUACAACCUCAAACCUUCAUUCUAUUGUUCAACCCAUGUUACCUGGUCCCGUUGACAUGCGUACCUACAACCUGGGCUUUGAACCCCAACAUUCCAGUGCGUCUCAAGAAGCCUACAACAACAACUUACUCGGCGCCUUUGAUUCGGGUACAGCUGAUCAAACCCUCUCCGAGUUCGAUGAGGAGGAUGAACGCGAAUUCCAAUCAGCUUUAAGAGCCACGGGCACAGCAAGUUCAAUAAAUACCACAAAGCAAUUACAAAUUUCCUUGUCAUCCUCAAUAAAUACCUCUUCAAUGGGAACAACGAAUGUAGUUGAUACGGUGGCCAGUGCCACCAACAGUCUUAUACAAACAUAUUCAGAGAAUAUAGCCUCUACAUCGGUUGCUGGCAUAUCAAAUACUCAGUCGUCGUCAACGAGCAUAAUCGCAUCCGCAACAACCAAAACCUGCUCGACAACGAACAUCACGUCUGCAAUGAGUUCAGCCGAAUUGGUGACUGAUUUGCAAACAUCAAUGGAAACCACUUCAGAGGAUGUUUCUAUUGAUUCGGACACAACUUUAACUACUAAGGCCUCACUGUCCGAUUCCCGCAACCAGUUAAAACUCAAGAUUAAGGGACCUUUAGCUUACCCAGACAGUUACAACAACUCGAAUGCCAUUACACACACCUCCACAUCCGUACAAUCAAAUAUAAGUAAUGUUCAGUCCAUGGCCUCCACCAACGCGACCAUAAGUGCUUCGGUGAGUGGAAGUGGCACCAAUUCUAGAAGAAUGCGCAAAAAAGAACUACUUAGUUUGUACGUGGUGCAGAAGGACAAUCACGGAGAUGAUUCGUCAUGUGGUUUGCCUCCUACCGAUGCCAAUAUUCUUUCAAAUGUUAUGUCGGAAACCACCAGAAAAGCCGAAAGUGUUUGCAGCGAAGUGGACGAAUAUGGGUCAGAAUUUGCAGCUGCUGGCUUAACGAGCAGCAAACGUUUCAAAAAGAACUCUAGUCGUGAGCUACGCUCUUUAGAUAUUAUGGCAGGAGAUAUAAACGAUACGACGGGAGUAAAUCUAGGGGCUGAUGGUCGCAGACGUAGUGGUUGUUCCUCCGGAAGUGCGGAUAAUAGUGUGGCGAAAAUGAAUACAGCUCUAAAUGCCACCAAACGACGUGGCAGAAGUAAGACUCUUGAGGUGGCCGAAGAUGAACCGGCUCCCAAACUAAAAAUCAAAAUUCGAGGACUUGCCGAGGGUAAUGCCAGCGCUACUGCCACUGUCGGUAGUUGUGAAAGUAGCUUUAACAAUUACGAGAUCGCCCGACGAUCUGUUGCCUGCCCGCCAAAGAAGCGUUUAACCUCCAACUAUACUCCCACAUUAGAGGACUUGAUGAGAGACUCCAUGAAUUAUCGGGACCAAGUUAUGCAAGAAUUUGGUGGAGACGACGAUGAGCGUACCAAGCGCUCAUCAUCUAACUUUAAUUCAACAUCAACCAAAGCGCUUACCGAUCCACCAAUACAUGUGAAGAAAAAUAAAUCUUCCAAGUCUAAAAAAGAGAAGAAAGAUAAAAAGCGGCACAAAAAUAAAGAUUUUGAAGAUAAUCUCAGCUCGAACGCGGUAGCAAAUAACAGUAUGAUCACCACCCUAAUCGAACAACCAACAAGUGCAUCUCCAGGAGAACCACCUAAACUGAUAUUAAGAAUCAAUAAACGCAAAGCAGAGUCGACGGCUACAGACACAAGUCGAUCAUCACCGGCAACCGCCCACACGGUACUAUCACCGGAAGGACCAUCUGCACCCAUACGUCUCAAAUUGGCACGUGUAGCUGAAGGUGGCGGCUAUGUAAUUGGUGAUAAAAAGCGUAAAAAGAGCAAAAAGUCAAGUUCAACAACAAAUACCGAUGACUUGACAAACGCUAAUUCCAACACAAGUUUCAGUAAUACAGUGACAACACCUGCCUCUAUAAAUGAUCUGGAAAAGUUUGCUGACGACGCAAAUGCUCAUCUUGGCAUGACAACAUCGCCAGCCGCAACUUUUACAAAUUUCACGAGUGGUGACGUUGGUGUGACCGAGCCACCAUCAAUGGCAGAGACUGUUUCAGAUGCAGCCAAAGACUCAAGUACACCCUCGCCCUGUCUGGUGAUUGAUUCUAGCAAGAGCAACGAUAUACACGAUUCAUCAAACACAGCCAGCUCAUUAAAUGACAUAACGGCACCUUGUAUUUCCGAAUCAAUACAUUCUCUGGCAGUUACGCCAACCGCUGCCACUAUGGCAUCGCGAAAUUGCAAUGACAACAGCAAUAGUCAGUCCUCGUCGGCAUUGAGCAGUAGUCACAGCCGUCUUAGUAAUUCCAAUUCAAACUCUUUAAUGAGCGCCACCCAUCAAAGUCAAGCUAGCACUGGAAACAGCAGCACAACAACCAAUCAAAACAACCCCAACAACAGCAGCAGUAACAGCAACAGUGGUACCGGCAGCAGUAGCAUACUGGCCUUGCAAAAGAACUGUGAAGUUAGAUGAUGAUAAGUGGUAAAUUGUACAAUAUUACAAAACAAUAUAGAUAAAAGAUCUCCUCCUUAGGAUACAGAUAUUUGUUUGCUCAUCUUGAUGGGGGUUAUUGUGUGUGCUAAAGUACCAACCUGUAUAUAGUAUUUGCGUUAAAUUUUGCCCUUGCAACUCAUGCAUUAGCUAUUGGACAGCAACUAUUUAUUCAAUACUAAGUUUUCUUUCUCAUUUCAAACAAUACAUAAUAUAAAUGUUAUUGUCGAUUGUGAAUAAACAACCAUCAAUCCCUCCAUCACACUCCUAACACAAGCUUAAACAAGUUUUUUAGUUAAUAAAUCCUUUUAGUACUGGCAAUAACACCUACCUACAAUCUGAUAAGCAAAUAUCUUUCAAUAUCGAGAGGUAAAGAUGAAAUAUUUCCUAAUUUAUCAUCAAAGCAUUAUGUAUGAUCGAUCGAUCGUUCAUGAAUACAAUUGUAAACUAGUAAAUUUAGUGAUGUUUGAUUAUGUUAUCAUCGAUUAAAACUGCAAUAUUUUCGAACCACUUGGUCGUAUAUCAUCUGAACACCAUGUACUAAGUAUGACCGACCACCAAUCUACUCUACUCUUCUAUGUAUUAUCGAAUAGAGCAGCAAGUCUGUUACGUAUGUAUGUAUUUUUUGUUUACGUAGCUUAAAACUAGGCAAGGAUAAUAACAAUAAUAUUAACAAAACAAAAUCCUUUUAUGUAAAAAGUCCUCUAAAAAGUUGCAGCAAAAUAAUAACGUUAUAAUACAAAUUAAUUUUAGUAAAAAACAUUAUAGUAAAAUUUUAAGAAACUAAAAAUAAAGAUAUUUUAUCGCUAUAAGUAAAAAAAAGUUUUAAAAUUGUAACGAAAUGUAAAUAUCUGUAACUGUAAUAGUAAUAAUAAUAAUUUUAAAAGUUUAUAAAAUAAAUAAAACAAAAAAAGAAAUAAAUUCCAAAUCUGAUUAUACUACUCUUUACUAUAAAUACAUAAAUGAAUGAAUGUAUCAAAUGAAGAAAGCAUGAAUGCGCCCACAUUUAUACAUAAAAAAAUUUAUUAUUUAUAUAUAAAUAAUAUUGUAGAAAACAUAUUUAGUUAGUUAGUUGUAUACAUUGUAUAUGUGUAAAUAUUUAUGUAAUAUUACAAUUAUUAUUAUUAUUAUUAUUAUGUAUAAUUAAAAUUAUUGUUCGUUAAAUACAACAAAAAAAAAAAACGAAAUAUUGUCAAAGCAAAUAAGCAUUAUUCGCAAAAUAUUUUAUUAAAAAAAUUAUGAUUAAGAUUAAUUUUAGUAUAAAUUAAAAUUUAAACAACAAAAAACUUGAAAAUAAAACAAAAAGCC